AUGGAGAAUGAUGGGAGAUCUACUGAGAAAAAUCUCUACGAGGUUCUUGGUGUGGGAGCAACAGCAUCUCCGCAAGAGAUAAAGAAAGCUUACCAUAAACUGGCAUUGAGGCUUCAUCCUGAUAAGAAUAAAGACGAUGAGGAAGCUAAAGAGAAAUUUCAGCAGCUGCAAAAAGUGAUAUCGAUUCUCGGUGAUGAAGAGAAAAGGGCAGUCUAUGAUCAAACCGGCUCAGUUGAUGAUGCUGAUCUUUCGGGAGACGUGAUUGACAACUUGAAGGAAUUCUUCAAGGCCAUGUACAAGAAGGUCACAGAGGAAGAUAUUGAAGAGUUUGAGGCAAACUACAGGGGCUCUGAGUCCGAGAAGAAAGAUUUGAUUGAGUUGUACAACAAGUUUAAGGGUCAAAUGAGCAGACUUUUCUGCUCAAUGCUUUGCUCGUAUCCAAAGCUUGAUUCACACCGUUUCAAAUUUAUCAUCGAUGAGGCCAUUGCAGCGGGAGAAGCAAAAUCAACAAAAGCUUACAAGAAAUGGGCAAAGGAGAUUUCAGAAAUUGAACCUCCCGGCAAUCCUACGAAGAGGCGGCAGAAAGCAAAAAAGAGUGGUGGAGGAGGGAAAGAUCUUUACGCUAUAAUUGCACAGCGAAGUAAAGAGAGGAAAGUGAAGUUCGAUACAAUGUUCUCGUCACUUGUCUAUAGGUAUGGUGACAAUGCUGACUCUGAGCCAAACGAAGAAGAAUUUGAAGCUGCCCAGAGAAAAGUUGAAAGCCGGAGAUCAUCCAAGAAGUCUAGACGAAGUAGUAGUUAG